AUAUAAAUACAAACUGAUUUGAUGUUUGGUUAUGGCAGACGUCAUCGACAAUCCGAGCAUUUCGCGCUAAGAGAGCGUCGUUACCUGAAGCUAAAUAAUCGUAACCAGGAUGUCGACGGACUUUUACAUACGCUAUUACGUCGGUCACAAGGGCAAGUUCGGGCACGAGUUUUUGGAAUUCGAGUUCCGGCCCGAUGGUAAGCUGCGAUACGCGAACAACUCCAAUUACAAGAACGACACGAUGAUCCGCAAAGAGGCGUACGUACACCAGUGCGUGAUGGAGGAGCUAAAGCGAAUCAUCCAGGAUUCCGAGAUCAUGCAGGAGGACGACUCGCUGUGGCCGCAGCCGGACCGCGUCGGUCGGCAAGAAUUGGAAAUCGUAAUCGGUGACGAGCACAUAUCGUUCACCACGUCCAAGACCGGCUCCCUCCUGGACGUCAAUCAGUCACGUGACCCGGAGGGAUUGCGUUGCUUCUACUAUCUUGUACAGGAUCUCAAAUGUUUGGUCUUCUCUCUAAUAGGACUACACUUCAAGAUCAAGCCCAUAUAAGCCCCCGAUCCUGUAUUACGUCCAGAUAAUAUUAUACAAGACAGCUGUAAAAUGUCUGCUGAACAGGAUACACUAAACAAUGAAAACAUCAGCGAUCAAGAUCAUAGAACCCAAACUGACUCCAUUCACGAAAGAUUUCGUCCAAAGGAUUAUUAUGUUUAUUGUGACGACU